GAUGUGAUGAAGCUCUGGAAUGAAAAAUACCGCAGCCCCCUUGGGAUUGUUGCCAUGGCUACAUGAAAUAUAAACAGAAGUAUAACCUCAGGGAAUGCUCGUGGAUUGACAUUAAUUCAUGAAUUUUCGACAAUGAAAAGUGGCAGUGCGCAGAGUAUGAGGGACGCGGCUGUGAAAAUGUCAAUGGACGAGGAGAAGAGGAAAAAAAACGAUUUAGAGGACACGCGAGAGCGUUCUAUUAUUAUUAUUGGAAGUAAAGGAGUUGGAAAAACAACGAUGAUCUACAGAUUUCUAGAGAAGGAUGAAACUCCUAAACCAACGCUGGCCAUGGAUUAUUCAUUCGGAAGAAAAGCUGGCAAGAGUUUGAUGCGAGAUGUAGUUCACAUCUGGGAAGUUGGCCACCUAGCAUCCUCCCUAAUCUCAGCUGCAAUGACUGGCGCUUCAGUGACUCACUCAGCUCAUCACACGACCCUCAUGGUGAUCCUUGACCUGACAUUACCAGAUGUUCUGUGGUCAACCCUGGAGGAGAGUUUGGCAGCUGCGCGAAGCGCUAUGAAAAUGAGUUUCAGCGAUGAAACUAUCGAGGAAAUGAAGAAGCGGAGAAUUAAUGAUUUCCGCAAGUGUACAGAGAAGCAGAUUGAUCCAUUUCCCAUGAAACUAUGCAUUGUGGGAGGAAAAUACGAUGAGUUUAAGGAUUAUGACUUGGGCAAGAAGCAAAUGAUUGGGAAAACUCUCCGAGCAGUUGCUUGCAGUCUUGGAGCUGAUCUUCAGUAUUAUUCGUCCAAGGACAGUGGACUAGCCAGGAAAAUGAAGGAUUUACUCAGUUGGCAUGGAUUUAACAAUCAUCCAGUGAAAGGGAUUUGUAGUGAUUUAGAUAAGGCCCUGUUGAUUCCGGCGGGAGCUGACUCAUUCACGGCGAUAGACUUGAAAUACCCAGGGGCAUACUCAACUUCCGUCUUGGAGACAAUAAAACAGGGAUAUCUCGCCGAAUUUCCACCCAUCGAAAGAUACAACGAGAUCGACCUCGAGGAUCCAGCUAAUGAUCCCAACUUCAAUGAAGCAAUAAUCGAUCGGCUGAGAUCGCAGAGAGAGGAGGAAAUCGCCGUGAAUCUGCGAGAUAUGAUGGAAGGACGUUCCCCGAAAAUAAUCAUACCUGACCCGUAUUAACAUUAGGGAAUUAAUAAUUUGUAAGUGAUAAAAAGAGGUAAUACUGUCAGAAUAAAAUUUCAUAAUGAAACAUGUGUUUGUCUUUCAAAUUGUUUUUUAAUAAAUUUGAUUGCUGGAACGAUUAUAACUUUUUCGUGUGAAAUGAACGUUAUUAAUGCAGAAAACAUCAAUUUCUACAAAAGCUUAAUUUUGUAUUAUUUAAAUAAACUUAUAUACUGAAUCCAAAUAAAUAAUUUUUCUUGGUGUCAUCUGAAAAAUGAAGAACAAAUGAAAAA